AAAAACACUAUUGGUAUUUUUUUAUUGGUGAAGACGGACGCACGUUUGUUUUAAUAUUUUGAUUGGAUCGACAAAUUAUGGCUGGACUUGUCCACUUGGCGAGAAUUUGCAGCAAACAUCAACAAUACUUUAACAGUCAUAGAAGUUUUAGUACUUUGGGACGUUAUCCAUACUGCAAAUUCAAUGCUCCCGGUCAGCAUCAUCGUGUGGCAGCAAAUUUGCUGCUUAGCUCCCGCACGACUGUCACCAAGGUGGACGAUGGCACUUCAACAAAUGACCCACACAAAAAGAAGAUAACACCAUUUACUCCCACACCUGGUAGUAAAUUGCUUGGUGGUGUUUUUGUUAAGAAGACGCCUAAAGGUCCAGCCCAACAUGUACAAACAUUGCAACAACAACUCCAACUACAACCGUUACGACAAUGUCACGUUCAUCUAGGAGGUGGUGGUGAUGGGGGUAGUAAUCUAGGAAAAUUAGAUGCACCGGAAGUAACAUCCAAAGAUAUGAUAAGGGCAAUGAUGGCCUAUAUAUGGCCCAAAGAUGAUGCCUUAGUAAGGAAAAGAGUUGCCAUAUCAUUGGGUUUGUUAGCUGGUUCCAAAGUCUUAACUGUAUGUGUGCCAUUUUUGUUUAAGGGAGCCGUUGACACAAUGGGUAGCCUAACAAUGGAUACACCUGCCGAUACAAUUUUAACCACUGCCACAGCCAUGUUAAUUGGAUAUGGUAUUGCCCGCGCCAGUGCAGCCGGUUUUAAUGAACUGCGUAAUGCUGUAUUUGCCAAAGUGGCGCAUCACUCCAUUCGUAAAAUUGCAACGAAUGUAUUUUUACAUUUACACAACUUAGAUUUGGCAUUCCAUCUAAAUAAGCAGACUGGUGCAUUAUCAAAGACGAUUGAUCGUGGCUCCAGAGGCAUUAAUUUUGUUUUAACUGCCAUGGUAUUUAAUAUUGUCCCCACCAUUUUUGAAUUGGCUUUAGUAUCCAGUAUAUUGGGUUUAAAGUGUGGUUUAGCAUUUGCCGGUGUAUCAAUGGGUUGUGUUGGUGUCUAUGCUGCAUACACCUUAUCGGUAACACAAUGGCGUACAAAGUUCCGUGUUUACAUGAAUCAAGCCGAAAAUGAGGCUGGCAAUAAGGCUGUAGAUUCCCUAAUUAAUUAUGAGACAGUUAAAUAUUUUAAUAAUGAAAAAUUCGAAGCAGCACGUUACGAUCAAGUCUUGAAAAAAUACGAAUCGGCCAGUUUGAAAACUAGUUCUAGCUUGGCGGUUUUAAAUUUUGGCCAGAAUGCAAUUUUCAGUACUGCCCUAAGCGUUAUAAUGGUUUUGGCUGCCAAUGAAAUUGCCAAGGGCAAUAUGACUGUCGGUGAUUUGGUGAUGGUCAAUGGUUUACUCUUUCAAUUGAGUAUACCAUUGGGUUUUCUGGGCAGUGUUUAUCGUGAGGUGCGUCAAGCUUUGUUGGAUAUGCAAGCUAUGUUUACCUUGAUGAAUGUCGAUAGUCGUGUCCACGCACCCGUUAAUGCCCCACCUUUGCUGUUGGGUCCAGAUAAUGCCUCAAUUGAAUUUAAAAAUGUUAGCUUUGAAUAUGAACCGGGUAAACCAAUUUUUAAAGAUUUAUCUUUUGAAAUACCGGCUGGAAAGAAUAUCGCAUUUGUUGGUGGAUCCGGUUCGGGUAAAUCAUCAAUGGUUCGAUUGUUAUUCCGAUUUUUCGAACCGAAUGCGGGUAAAAUCUUAAUUGGUGGCCAGGAUAUAAGUCAAGUGGAUAUUGAAAGUUUGAGAAAAGCAAUAGCUGUAGUACCUCAGGAUUCUGUAUUAUUCCAUGAUACAAUUAAACACAAUAUUCAUUAUGGUAACUUGAGUAAAAGUCAAGAAGAUGUUGAAAAUGCCGCACGUAUGGCCGAUCUACACGAUAAUAUAAUGCGUUGGCCCAAGCAAUAUCAGACGCAAGUAGGCGAACGUGGUUUGAAACUUUCCGGUGGUGAAAAACAGCGUGUGGCCAUUGCCAGAGCCAUAUUGAAAAAUUCCCCCAUUCUUAUAUUUGAUGAGGCUACCAGUAGUUUAGAUUCAAUUACAGAACAUAACAUUUUACAAGCCUUGGCGAGAGCUACAAAAGGUCGCACCAGUAUAUGUAUAGCUCAUCGUUUAUCCACUGUCAUGGAUGCUGAUGAGAUUUUAGUUUUGGAAAAUGGCCGAGUUGGUGAACGUGGCACUCAUGCAGAGUUGCUUAAGAAAAAUGGUCUCUAUGCUCGACUCUGGGAAACACAAACACAACAAUUUUGAUU